AUUUUUGUUUCAAUGUUUGUAUAGCUUUCCUGCCCUUGGCAGGGGGAGUUAUCUUCAUAUUUAGACUAUACUUUCAGUUUCUUUAUGGUUGCCAAAUCGACUUUUAUUUUUCAUUUGGAUUACUGCUUUGCUUUGCAUUAUUGGAACUUAUUUGUUGGAGAAACGUCUUCAGAGUCAGAAAAGGAUAAAGAGAGACUGAUUCAAGCUGCCAAAAUCUUCUUCUUUCAUGUACAAGAUCUUGCUUCUGUCACAAACACACUGACUGAAUUGUUUAACUGCAGUAUGAAUACUCAAAUCCUUUUGAUGGCUGUGAAAAACAAUAGUAACAUUAAGGAUUUUUUUGAGCAAAUGCUCAAAAUUUUUAAGGAGAUGCAAUCUGUAAUGGAUGCAAGACAUGACAAAAUUCAAAAGGAGUCUUUAUGUUCCAAGGUUGUAAUGGCCAUGUGCUCUGUGGUUCAGAAAAGUACCAAUGUAGAGGAGUUGCAUCAGUCAGCUAAAGAAGUUUUCAAAAGUGCCCAUACGCCAGUCAUCAUCUCUGUGCUAAACAGCAGUAACAUCCUUGGGAGUCUGGAAUCUUCUCUUUCACACUUGAUGAAAUUCCCCAUCAUGAAUCUUCAAUUAAGUAACUUCUAUACAGAAGACACCAAAGAGCAAUCAGAUGUCACCACAUCUGAGAGAACCAGAAGUCCAGGUUCUUCCAAAACCACUGUGAUAGACACCUUGAAAAAACUGCAGGAUGUACUAAAAACUGAGGAUUCCAAAAAUCCCACAAAGUGAGCAGAUUUGUUGGAACAAAUUGUCAAGGCUAUGGGACCAAUCUUAGAGAUCCUCCAAAAAGCCAUAAAGACUAUGGAAAUGAAUAUUUCUGUGUUUAAGAAAGCCAGUGACAAGUAGGGAUGCAACAGAAAUGUUCAUUUCUGUCAGAAAACUACUUACAAUCUUAUGGUUUUUCAUAGUAGUUUCUAAGAUCUUUUGG